AUGGAUGUCAUCUCAUCGUAUGCGCUUGGCGGCGACAUGGGUAACAUCGCGCGCGAAGAUUGGGGCGCCGAUUGGCUUGAUGCGUUUCGGACAGUGGGAUUGAUGAGACCAAUGGGAAGACAGUUUAGCUGGUUCAUGAAUCCACUGUUGAAUAAUCUGUCGCCGGAGGUCGUGCAGUGGAUCAGUCCUGAGACGGCGAAGCUCACCAAGAAACUGCAGUAUCCUAUUGAGAUUAUUCAGCUCGCUACCGAAGAACGUCAGAAGAAUGGCGGCGAUUCGAAAAAAGACGGUAUAUUACCUGCUAACUCGCGGACUAUCUUUCAGGAUAUUGUGAACAGUGACUUGCCGCCGAGUGAGAAGACGCCAGAGCGACUUAAUGCGGAGGCUGGACUCGCACUUGGGGCUGGAACCGAGACAACGGCCAGAAACCUGGCAGUGAUGAUCUAUUAUCUGUUGCAUAACAAGGAUGUAUUUGACAAGCUACAUGCUGAGUUGAGUACUGUCAUGCCGACUGCUGAUUCGCCUGUUGCACUGACAGAGCUGGAGGCUUUGCCCUAUUUUUCGGCCGUCAUCACCGAGGGUCUCCGACUAAGUCAUGGCGCCUCUAGCCGCAUGCCACGCAUCGCAACCGAAGAGGACCUUGUCUACAAGCAAUGGGUGAUUCCACGGGGCACACCUGUGAUGCAAUCCCUCUACCUCCACCACACGAACCCUCAAAUAUUUCCUGAGCCCUUCCGCUUCAACCCACAGCGGUGGAUCGAUGACCCAAAGCUGAAGCCACGAUAUCUGAUGGCAUGGGGACGGGGAUCGAGAUCUUGUCUGGGAAUCAACCUAGCACACGCAGAGCUAUACCUGACGAUUGCCCGUCUAAUCACACGGUUUGAGCUGGAGCUAUACGACACAGUUUGGGAACGAGACGUGGAAAUCUGCCAUGAUUGUUUCAUAGGCGUGACCGAUCUAUCGAGCCCUGGUAUCCGGGUCAAAAUUACCCGCGAUGCUUUGCGGGAUUGA